AUGGAAGACUUCUCCCAGUCCCGCGGGGACGACGACCUCUUCGACGACGAAAUCAUCCCCUUUGACAAUCCGCCCUCUCCAGAGAAAGUCACAGCUCGGCUCGAGCAAGUCUCGCUAGAACCCUCCUCCGCUUCCACUCCCAUUCCCGAUCCUCCUGUCGGGGCUGAAUCUUCACCGGCGUCUGAGCCCUCGCCAGUGAAACCAGCGACCCCGACCGAGCACCCGCUCCCGGGCUCCAAAUCGAGACAGAGAGGCAGAGGUGUCCAUGGAACUGGGCAAGGAGAAGCGGGUAGAAAGAUUGCUACUGGGCUGGAAGACUCGAAGUGGGCGGUGAAAGGCGCAGACGCUGGCCCGCCUGGCAGAGAUUCGAAGUCUACGCGGCCACCCGCGUCACGAGGUCAACAAAUUUCGGAAACAAGCACCAUACCCUCUGAGCCAAUACCUCAGCCGCAUGGUGAAGACUCAACAACAUCAGCGAGCACCGUCGCUCCUAGCAGCAUACCCACUGGCCCGUCAAACACUGCUAUCCGUACCCCCGCUGUGCGCGGGGACCGUCUCUCUACGGGCGGGAUCCGCCCUCCCAAACUCUCGGACGAAGAACUCACGGCCAAACUUGCCGCUGCAAAGGAACGGUCGCAGUCGCUUGCUGCCGCCCACGCGAGGGCCCAAGCGGACGCCGCAAACUUUGAAGAGCGAGAAAGACAAGCGAGGGAGAGGAGGGAGAGGGAUAUAAAAGACAGGAGAGUCAUGGAGGGGGAGAGGGAGAGGAACCGGCUUAGGAAGAUGGCAGGACAAUUAGGGCGGGAGUGGGAUCGGGACAAGGACGAGCAACAGGUCAAUGGGAGAGGAGGGAGGAGAGGGUAUUCUGGUCCCCCUCCAGGAGAAGAGGAUGAUCUGAAGAUGUAUGAGUGGCAUGAGGACCGGGGACGGGGGCGAGGGAGGGGAAGAGGCGGCAGAGGCGGUGCUGGAAGGGGUAGAGGUCGAGGCGGUCCCAGAAGAAGCGGGUUUGGCCAUAACGGCGACGGCCACGCUCACCAGCUGCAGCCAGACUGGUCUGUAGAAUCCGACUUCCCUUCUCUGCCUGGCUCCAAUACUUCUGUGAAAAAAGAGCCCGGUGUGGACAUGAAUACGACCCCAAAUCCCACCGCCCCCAAACCGAGUACGAGGCGCUGGGACUCGGCAGGUGGACAAGCCUCAGGCUCGGGCUCAGACUCGGGCUCGGGCCUGGCCGGAGGAGGAGGAGGAGGAGGAGGAGGAGGUAGUGGUGGUGGAGGAACCUGGGCCGAGCAAGUGGAAUCCAGCGAGCUCAAUGCGGAAAACGAGAACAAGCCGCGGAACUUCUGGUAG